AUGGAAAAGGAAUAUUCCCCAGAGCCAGGAUGGGAUACGAAGAUGGCUGCGGACAUCGACGCGCUCGCAGAGGGGAUGGAGCGAUUCAACGACGUCGAGGCCAAUCAAUACUGGGAGACCCAGGGCGAGGGUGUCGCGGUGUCUACCGCGUACCAGGAGGUCCCGACCGGCGCCGACCUCCUGUUGGACAUGGAGACAUCAACAUCGUCUUCAGCCACAUCCACGGGGGCCACUGGUUGUCCAAGCGACACAUCGGAGGACGAGCAUGGGGCCUCAGAUGCCCACCCACACGAAGAUGGGACUUCCAUAUCCUGCGCACAUGCCCCUGGUCUGCGCUAUGCAGAGCAGGGAGCAAAUACAUCAGAAUAUGAGAGUGAUAUCAUCGAUCAUACAAGCGGCCAUGCGAACAGGGUCGAUAUCGAAUCCGAGGUCAACAACAAUGCCAACAUCACUGAUAGCGAGCCGGGAUCCGCAGACAACGCCAGCAGGAGCGACUCGCGCGACAACUCACCACCUAUCGCCCUGCCGACAGUCGAUGAGGACAUUUUCAGCGGGAGGAUCGACCGAUCGGAGUGGGCCACCCUGCCUCGGCGAGUCACUCGGUCAAUGACCAAUACCACCACCUCGACGUCCACGCAAGCAUCCGCAUCCAUCGCGGGUCCAUCGAAUGUCCGGCGUGGCCAGAAGCGGAAGUCGCCUGACGAGGAUGAGGACGACGAGGACAGCGCAAUUGGAGACCACGGGGCCGACGAAGACCAAGAGCUGGAAGAAGAUGGGGACGAAAAUACGAGGCCAGUAGCGCGUGGGCCGGACGGACGCUGGCCGUGCAAAGAGUGGCAGUGCAGCAACACCUACACUCGGGAGCACGACAUGCUCCGUCAUUGGAGAUCUUGCAAGAUGAGGCCUGCGCAUUUGCGAGCAUCCUGGAUCUGCCCGGAUUGCGGCAAGUCAUAUUCAAGGCGCGAUGCAAAGGGGCGACACAAGCAGACAGCGUGCAAGGGCAAGGACCCUGCAGAAGGAACUGGCGGCGGUCGCGGAUCGGAAGGAGGGAAGAAACGUGGUGGCGGAGGCGGUGGACGCAAACGAGCUCGGAGUGGGUAG